CGCAGGCCCACUAAAUAGGACCCUUCGCAGCCACCGUCGCCCAGUUCUCUUAGGAUUCGGUCUCUUUUCCGGUGUUUCCGCUCAGAAGCCUGAGGUAGUUGAUGUGUGCGGGCUGGGCGCCGGUGGAAAUAGAACCUCGUGGUAUUGUCUGGAAACCCGAGGGCGAUAACUGAAGCCUCGCUUCUGCGCUUGCGGCGCAGUCUACCUUAGAGCUACUUGAAAAUCAACGCGUACGCUGUUGUGGAGAAGCCUCCUGUGUACAUUCCGCCAUGGCACAACUCCAGGCACGUUUCUACACCGAGAACCAGAAAUACUCAGUGGAUGAUGUUCCUUUCUCAAUCCCUGCCACCUCUGAAGUUGCGGACCUUAGUAACAUUAUCAAUAAAUUGCUGGAGACCAAAAAUGAACUCCACAAACAUGUCGAGUUUGAUUUCCUUAUCAAGGGCCAGUUUCUUCGAAUGCCCUUGGUCAAACACAUGGAACUGGAGAACAUUUCAUCAGAAGAGGUUGUGGAACUAGAAUAUGUGGAAAAAUACACCGCACCCCAGCCAGAGCAGUGCAUGUUCCAUGAUGACUGGGUCAGCUCAAUUACAGGAGCAGAAGAAUGGAUCCUGUCUGGUUCUUAUGAUAAGACUUCUCGGAUCUGGUCCUUGGAAGGAAAGUCAAUAAUGACAAUUGUGGGACAUACAGAUGUUGUGAAAGAUGUGGCUUGGGUGAAAAAAGACGGUUUGUCCUGCUUACUGCUGACGGCCUCAAUGGACCAGACCAUUGUCUUAUGGGAGUGGAAUGUAGAGAAGAACAAAGUGCGAGCUCUGCACUGCUGCCGAGGGCAUGCUGGGAGUGUGGACGCCAUAGCAGUCGACAGUUCGGGAACUAAGUUUUGCAGUGGCUCCUGGGAUAAGAUGCUAAAGAUCUGGUCUACAGUCCCUACAGAUGAAGAAGAUAAAAUGGAAGAAUCUACAAAUCGACCAAGAAAAAAGCAAAAAACAGAACAAUUGGGACUAACAAGAACACCCUUGGUUACCCUCUCUGGCCACACAGAAGCAAUUUCCUCCGUCCUUUGGUCAGAUGCUGAAGAAAUCUGCAGUGCAUCUUGGGAUCACACAAUUAGAGUAUGGGAUGUUGAGUCUGGCAGUCUUAAGUCAACUCUGACAGGAAAUAAAGUGUUUAAUUGUAUUUCCUAUUCUCCUCUUUGUAAACGUUUGGCAUCUGGAAGCACAGACAGGCAUAUUAGACUGUGGGAUCCCAGAACUAAAGAUGGUUCUUUGGUGUCGCUGUCCCUCACCUCACAUACAGGUUGGGUAACAUCAGUGAAGUGGUCUCCUACCCAUGAACAGCAGCUGAUCUCGGGCUCUUUAGAUAAUAUUGUGAAGCUGUGGGAUACAAGAAGUUGUAAGGCUCCUCUCUACGAUCUAGCUGCUCAUGAAGAUAAAGUUCUAAGUGUGGACUGGACAGACACAGGGCUACUUCUGAGUGGAGGAGCAGACAAUAAAUUGUAUUCCUACAGAUAUUCCCCUACCACUUCCCAUGUGGGGGCUUGAAAAUGAAUGGCUAAUAAGAGGCGUUCUUGUUGGGUUUUGUUUUAAUUCUUGGUGUCUCACUGUUAUGUCAUAAACUGUGAAUGAGAUUGGAGAGAGGGUUUGGAAUAUAGCGCAGCUGGGAGUGCUUGCCCUGUGUGCAGAGCCCUGCAUGCUAUCUCUAGCACUGCCCAGAGGAAAGUGGGCAUGGCAGUGCAUUCCUGUAAUCCCAGGUCCUGAGAGAUUGGAAGCAAGAGAUUCAGAAGUUCAAGGUCACCCUCAGCUGUAUGGUGAGCUUAAAGGCAGCCAUGGUUACUUGAAGCUUUGUCUCAAAAGAAAGAAAUUAAUAGAUAAUCCUCUGAUCAUUGUCUAUCCAGAGACAGGAAGCAGUCUUUUAAAAUUUGGAUAACAGUUCAUCUUUCAUAAUAGCUACAUUUUACUAUCUUUGUCCUUCAUGUUUAUAAAAUACAAUAAAUAUGUGGCCUGAAUUCUCCA